GGCCCCUUCCCUCCAAGAGGAUGAACUCUCACCACUCAUUCCAAUCCCCUACCCAAAGCCAAAAAAACACAAUCCGAAAUCCCCAUCUCUCAUCCUCCUUUCCAUUUCCAUUUCCCUUUCUUAAAUUCCUUAAGAGAUCCGGAAAGCCGAAUCGAUGACAACCGCUAAUUACAUGAUCAUCAUAAAAGGUACGACUGUUAACGGUCUUGUUUAUCUUCUGAUUCUCUGAAACUUGGUCGAAUGCAAGAAUCUACCCGACCAACUCACGAGUAACGAGAACUGGAAGACAACCUGAAAAAAGUCCCUUCGACUUGGUGAGCUCUUUCCAACGCCACCAAACCACCUAACUCCCUCUCCUCCUCUUCGUCCCUUCACUCACAAACACUCACACUCAGCCAUGGCCAAGAACAAGAAUCCCACUUGAGCAAUCCUUCCAUUAUUCUUUUCCAUCUCUCUACCUCUCUUUCUCUUCCGCCAUUGUUUUAUUUCAAGUCAUGUCUUCCUCUUACUGCCUCUCCUCUAUUAGGAACACCAUAACUCCUCAAUCCUUCCACCUCGCCAACUACUCCCGCUUCCCUUCUUUGCUCCCCCCACUCCUUCAAAACCAGAGGAGACUUCCUAGUCCUCCUCCUUCUCCUUUCCUCCUUCCUCCGCUGACCCAGCAUCCUCUUCCUCUCCCCCAAAACAAGAAGCUUGCGCCGCCCUUCGCGAGCAUCCCUUCCUUUGCCGACUCGGGAGAUGGAGAGCGGCAAGUGCAGGAGGAACCCAAGGCUAAGGAGGAUAGUGGAGAGGUCCCAGGGAUGGCCCAGGCCUUCAACAUAUCAUCCGGGACCGCCUCGGCCAUUUCAGUGCUGAUUGCCUUCGCAGCCCUCUGCCUCCCCCUGCUCAUGAAGUCGCUGGCGGGGCCGGGCCCUGCGGCACUAGGGAUCAGGACGCGGGUUCUGUCCUACGUGACUCUGCUGUUUGGUUUCUAUAUGGCAUGGAACAUCGGGGCGAACGACGUGGCGAAUGCGAUGGGGACCUCGGUUGGGUCUGGGGCGCUAACGCUGAGGCAGGCGGUGCUGAUGGCGGCAGUGCUGGAGUUUUCUGGGGCGCUGCUGAUGGGGACCCACGUCACCAGCACUAUGCAGAAGGGCAUCCUUGUGGCCAACGUCUUCCAUGGCAAGGACACCCUCCUCUUUGCAGGCCUACUCUCCUCCCUCGCUGCCGCCGGCACUUGGCUUCAGGUUGCAUCAUACUAUGGGUGGCCAGUCUCCACCACGCACUGUAUCGUAGGAUCAAUGGUUGGGUUUGGUCUUGUUUAUGGAGGACCUGGAGCCGUCUUCUGGAGCUCGCUCGCACGGGUGACAUCUUCGUGGGUCAUCUCACCGUUAAUGGGUGCACUGGCCUCGUUCCUUGUCUACAAAUGCAUCCGAAGGUUUGUGUACAGUGCUCCGAAUCCAGGACAAGCUGCAGCAGCCGCAGCUCCAAUUGCCGUCUUCAUUGGUGUAACGGCUAUCUCCUUUGCAGCCUUCCCACUCAGCAAGACCUUCCCUGUUGCUCUAGCUCAGGCCCUAGCCGCUGGGACUGCCGGCGCUGUCCUAGUAUACCGAAUUAUCCGGAAACAGCUAGGCCACCUCCUGAUCAAAGCUAACGACUCUGCCACCUCACAAGCCGAGCACAAAGAUUCCGCCCUCAACAAGAACAUUGGGUUCCUUGCCGACAUUGCUGGCCCCAAGGGGACGCAGCUUGAGAUAGUCUACGGUGUGUUCGGGUACAUGCAGAUCUUAUCAGCUUGCUUCAUGUCCUUUGCUCAUGGGGGGAAUGAUGUGUCGAAUGCAAUCGGGCCCUUAGCUGCUGCACUGUCCAUUCUUCACGGAGGGACCGGUUCAGCUGAGAUUGUGAUCCCAACCGAUGUCCUUGCUUGGGGCGGAUUCGGGAUUGUGGCAGGCCUCAUGAUUUGGGGCUACAGAGUGAUCGCUACAAUCGGGAAGAAGAUCACCGAACUAACCCCAACCCGAGGGUUCGCAGCGGAAUUUGCAGCAGCUUCGGUGGUCCUGUUUGCGUCAAAGCUCGGGCUACCCAUUUCAGCCACUCACACGCUAGUCGGGGCAGUCAUGGGGGUAGGCUUUGCCCGCGGGCUAAACAGCGUCAGGGCCGAGACGGUCAGGGAGAUCGUGACAUCUUGGGCUGUGACAAUUCCGGUCGGGGCCAUGUUCUCGGUUAUCUACACAUGGAUACUGACCAAGCUCUUGUCCUACAUUUCGUGAGUGUACAUCUUUUUCUUCUUCUUCUUCUUCUUCUUCUUCUUCAAAAGAUAAAUUCGAUUCUCGUCUCAUUAGCUUAAUGACAAUGACGAUACUGGAGGACAAUUCUUGCCCACGGCUCGAGCCGAUUGGCUUGUGGGAUAAUUUUUGUUGCCUUGGAGCUGAGGGUGGAGAUUUCCUUAGGCUGGAAAUCCAUCACCUCUAUUAAUUAUUUGGACAAGUGAUCAGUCACAUAUAGUAAAUCAAGAGGUUUCGUCACUGCAGUGCA